AUGGGAGUGGUGACUGUUUCUAGCUCAGCUGCAAGGACUCCAUUGGGAUUGAAUACAAAGUUUUCCACUAAUCGUCUGAAGAGACCUUUAAUUGUGGCAUUUAAAGGGGAUAAACACAAUGACUCAGCUUUGGUUACAACUCAAGAGAAAAUCCCUGUGCCCGUUGAGGCUACCAAGGCGCAGAAGAAAAAGAUAGGGAAAGCUAGCAAACUGCCUAAGAGAGAAAGAGUUGCCUUUGCUGAGGAAAAUUCUCCAUCUUCCUCGGAUGUGGACUACACUGAAGCUGCUGCUAUGCUUGAAAAUAUAUACAAACUCAGCCCUGCUUCUGAUACUGGUAAUGCAGAAUGUGUAGAUGGUAAAAUCAAAAGGGUCUCCCGGAGAGGGAAGAAGACUGUUGAUGAUGGUGAAGAAAAGGAGUUAAACGGUGAUAAGGUGGUCAGCAACCAGAACAAGAAAGCUAAACGGUUGAAUCUUGAUCAGAGGAUUUCAUUGAAGAGGAACAAAGAUGGGGACGAAAUCGUUCCCACACGAAAGAAAAGAAAUGCUAGGAAAAGAAUUGAGAAGAUUGAAGAACUUAUUAGGGAAUAUUCAGUGUCAACUGAUUUUGUCAGUAUGGACUGGAGAAGAAUGAGAAUACCUCCUGUUCUUUCUUCUUCAGAGCAUGCUUGGUUGUUCAAAUUGAUGCAACCUAUGAAGACACUGCUUCAAGUGAAAGAAAAUUUACAGAAGGAGCUAGCAAGAGAACCUGCGGAUUUUGAACUAGCCGAUGCAACAAACAUGAGCAUUGCUCAUGUAAAGAAAGCAUUGGAGGUUGGUCAAGCUGCAAGAAACAAACUCAUAAAGCACAAUCUCCGGCUUGUCUUGUUCGUGAUCAACAAAUAUUUUACAGAUUUUGCAAGUGGCUCUAGGUUUCAAGAUCUUUGUCAGGCAGGAGUUAAGGGACUUAUGACAGCAAUCGAUCGUUUUGAGCCAAACAGAAGAUUUCGGCUAUCAACAUACAGUCUAUUUUGGAUAAGACAUGCUAUCAUUCGUUCGAUGACCCUCUCAAGCUUCGUACGUGUUCCCUUUGGGCUUGAAUCGGUUCGAGCAGAAAUCCAAAAAGCUAAAACCGAGUUAACGUUUGAGCUUCAGAGGUCACCAACAGAGGAAGAAAUAAUAGAAAGAGUUAAAAUAUCCCCUGAAAGAUACCAUGACGUAAUGAAGGCAUCAAAAUCCAUUCUUUCAUUGAACUCGAGGCAUAUAACUACAGAAGAGGAGUUCAUUAAUGGGGUGGUUGAUGAUGAAGGUGUUAAUGGUGAUAAUAGGAAGCAACCUGCUCUGCUAAGGCUUGCUCUUGAUGAUGUGCUUGAUUCUCUGAAGCCGAAGGAGAGUUUGGUGAUCAGACAGAGAUUUGGACUGGAUGGAAAGGGUGACAGAACCUUGGGAGAAAUUGCUGGGAACUUGAACAUAUCAAGGGAAAUGGUAAGAAAAUACGAAGUGAAGGCUCUUAUGAAGCUCAAGCAUUCAGCUCGAUUGGAUUAUCUUCGUCGUUAUGUUGUAUAA